GGCUGGGGCUGGACCCCUCCCACUUUGUGUAUGCUCUUAAUUGUCAGUUUUGACGAAAGCUUGGGUAUUUAAAUAGCGUCAACGUCUCUUGUAUGGGUGGAAUUGGUGAAGUUGUUACAGAGCGCAUCUUACCCGACGUUUUUCACCCGCUCUACCGCGGAUCGAUAAGCAUGCAGGUGUCUCUUGCGCUCCUCGUCUCCAGCACAGGGCUGCUGCUGCUACAGGGAUGUUGUACGGUCGUGCAAGGAUGGAGGGUACUAAAAAACGAUGCUACAGAAAUAAUACCAGAAUAUACUGAGAACGCACAGCCUCCCGAGCAACCAAUACUACAGGCUUCUAAUAAUAACAGUAAUACAAUGAAUCGACCAAAACACGGGGGAAGAAGAUCAUCAGCAAACAGAGCCUCUUAUAGUGCCUCGGAGCUGAGCUGCAGGGAGCUGCGCUCCACCCGUUACAUCACUGACGGCUCCUGCCGCAGUGCCAAGCCCGUCAAGGAGCUGGUGUGCUCGGGUCAAUGCAUGCCCGCCCACCUCCUACCCAACUCCAUCGUGCGCGGCAAAUGGUGGCGGAGCAGCGCCUCUGACUACCGCUGCAUCCCGGCCCACUCCCGAACACAGCGGGUGCAGCUGCAGUGCCCCAACGGCAACUACCGGGCUUACAAAAUCCGCGUGGUCACCUCCUGCAAGUGCAAACGCUACAGCCGCCACCACAACCAGUCAGAGGCCAAGGAGAGCUCCUCAGAGGCCAAGCCCAGACGCGACAAGAAACGCACCCGGCUGCCUGGGAGUCGGAACAAAAGCAACACACCGACACUGGUCAGCAAUUCAUACUGAGGAUGCUCUUCCUUCCUUCGUACACGGACAGAGACCAAAGCAGUACACACGCACAUGUUACACACACCCAACACGGCUCCUUCACUGGAAGAGGGAGAAGAAGAGCCUUUUCAACAAAUAAAAGGAUUUGUAAAGCUGUUUGUUGGACUGAUUUGACACAAGUCUUUCUCACCAGAGAGGCACUAUAGAUUUUGCAGCCUAUUUUACAAAAUAUUUCAGAACUUUUGAUUUGCAUGACCAAAUGAGUCGACAGAAUGCCAGGGAAGGCCAUGUGACUGGUCAGGAAAGGUGGAACACUGCUAGGAUGGGAGUGUACAGUAUUAUACAUGUUCCGGUUCAUAGCUAACAGCCUCUGACUCAGACACUAAGAGUAUCCACUUUCGCCACAGCAAGAGGUGAACCUAAACUCAAACCCCACCUGUCAAAACAUCCACCGGGCAGGCUACAUUGCCUGAUAGGCCUAUAGGGUUGAAAAGUGUGUCUGUGCUCUAACUGUGCUCUAGCGCCUCUAUGGCUGGGUGUUCUGUACUGAGCAGCCUGUGGCAGCCCUGGGGCGUCCUGGCUAUGAAGGUGGGCUGCUGACAGGCCCUGGCCUCGACCCCAGACCACGCAGCCUCCUGACAGCCCGGGGAGCACCGCACUCACCAGGAGCCCCCCCAGGGUCCUCCUCACUCCAUAGCAGCCGUAUAGGAGCUGUCAGUUAAGGCCCCUGGCCCAGUGGCCCUAGUGGCCCGUGAUGGUGAAAGAGAUAGGGGGAGAGAGAGGGGUGGGGAAUGGUUGUGUCAGCACUCCAAGACCAGGGUGCCUGCGGUCAAACAGGUGACUGAGCAUUCCAGUGACCCGUCUUAAUGACUAAAUGAGUCCAUUCCUGUGUUUAAGAUUUGAGUCAUGAAAAGCCAUUUCCUCUAGACAUGGCUAGUUCCUGUUUUCUGAAACCACACAGACACACAAAAGAUCCUCAUGUGUAGAGGAGGCUCCAGCAAUUGUGCCUGUUGUUACCUUGAGGCACAGCAUUCUAUACUCAUCUACACCCUGAAUGGAGACUAUUUGUUAGCAGCAAAUAGCAUCGGUAACCAACUAGCCGUAUCCCUAUUCUAUUCAUUGAGAACCUAGAUGGUGAGGGAGAGAAAAAAAACUCCACUUAUCUGACUGUCAGCCCUACACUGUAAAUAGCAAUUAGUUCUGCUAACAAUUUUUUUGGGGGGGGUGGAAACCACCCAACUCAAACUAUACUGUGUUCAAUAAGUAAUAAAGUGACAUCAUCACC